UCGACAUCUGUAUACCUCACAAUUACCCACUUACCUGUUUGUUACAUUGUGUGUGUUGUCUUUAUAAUGAGACCUGUAAAUUUUUGUACUUAUGUGAUUUGUUGUGUAAUGUGCAGUGUUUUGACAUGAGAAGAAGCCGAGUAUAAUCCGAACUCAUUUUAAUGCAUAAUUGAGUUUUAUCUGCUUAUAAUUAAUUAAUUGUACUAAAUAUGGCGGCCACAUUUGAAGACGUGCUUGUUUCAUCUUUGUCUGAAGAUAUGAAGAAAAGUGAGAAAAUUCCUUUUCCUGUGACAUUACAUGUUGCGGAUGAAUUUGAAAAUUUAAAUUUAGUUUUUAAACCAAGUGGUACAAAUAGUCCAGAUUCUCUUUUAGAAAUUCAAUUUGAUAAAGAUACUGAUGGUGCAAAAUUAGGUAGUCAUGCAUAUGUUAUAACAAAGGACAUGACUACUCUUCAUUUACAAUUUCGUAAUGCAAAUGAUCUCUCGAGAUUUCGAAGUAUAAUUGAUGGCUUUCGAAAUGGGCGCAAUUCUAUGUUUUCCAUUAGAACCGAUGAUUCUUCUGCUACACAGUAUUUUCAGUUUUAUGGGUAUUUGUCACAACAACAGAAUAUGAUGCAAGAUUAUAUUAGAACAUCAACCUACCAAAGAGCUAUUUUAGCAAAUCUGGAUGAUUUUAAAGACAAAAUUGUACUCGAUGUUGGUGCAGGAUCUGGCAUAUUGUCUUUUUUUGCCGCCCAAGCCGGUGCUAGGAAAGUGUAUGCUGUAGAAGCUAGUUCUAUGGCAAAACAUGCAGAGACUCUUGUAUAUCAUAAUAAAUUAUGUGGUCGAGUGAUUGUCAUUCCUGGAAAAAUUGAAGAAAUAAGCCUUCCAGAAAUGGUUGAUGUUAUUAUAUCUGAACCUAUGGGUUAUAUGCUUUUUAAUGAAAGGAUGCUCGAGACGUACCUCCAUGCAAAGAAGUGGUUAGUCCCUAAUGGUAAAAUGUUCCCUUCUAGAGGUGAUCUACACAUAGCACCAUUUAGUGAUGCUGCCUUGUAUAUGGAACAGCUAAAUAAGGCUAAUUUUUGGUAUCAGCAAUCAUUCCACGGCGUAGAUCUUGCUAGUUUGCGCGAUGCAGCUGUAAAAGAAUAUUUUAGACAACCUAUUGUUGAUACAUUUGAUAUCAAUAUUUGUAUGGCCAAAUCAUUGCGUUAUACUGUAGACUUUCAAGUAGCUCAAGAAACCGAUUUGCACAAAAUAGAUAUUCCUCUGACAUAUACAUUGAAUCAGACUGGCGAAAUUCACGGUUUAGCAUUCUGGUUUGAUGUUGCCUUUUUUGGUUCUACGCAAACAGUUUGGCUCUCAACUGCACCUACUCAACCUUUAACACACUGGUAUCAAGUGAGGUGCCUUCUCGAGACGCCAUUAUUUGCACAGCGAGGGCAAACUGUUUCCGGUAAAGUGGUCCUUAAUUCAAAUAAGAGGCAAAGUUAUGAUGUAGACAUUGAGUUAACGAUUGAUGGGAGCAAUAUCAGGGCAUUUAAUACACUAGAUCUGAAGAAUCCAUUUUUCCGUUACUCGGGGCAACCUCCUCAGCCUCCGCCCGGAUGUAAUGAAACAUCUCCAAGUGAGGGUUAUUGGCAAACUAUCGACACGCAGACAGCCAAUAAUGCCAAUUUAGUUGUUAAUGGUAUAACUCUGAUGAAUGGUGACACUGUAAUGGAUGCUCAUCCUGUGCAACAUCAUCUGUCCCACAGUCCCAUUGGUUCUCACCAGACUAGCACAAUUAUUCCAUUGGGUAACUUACAGAAUUCAGGAAAUAGUCCAAACAGCCGAACAACAUCUAGAAUUCAAGCAAGCGUUCCAACGAGUUCCAUCGGAGGUGGAAUUUCCCCGUCAUUGUUUACACAGCAACAGCAGCAUGUUGUGCUUGGAAACACCACUCAUUUCCCAGUCAGCAACAGUUUAAUGAUUGGAGAUUAUGCAACACCGGGGAAUAUUGUCAUGCCUGGCCAGAUUGACUUGGUGAAUGCUUUCAAGCACUCCUAGAACUGUACAACCUCUACAGUAUUAAGAAACUGUAAUAGGGUCUUGUGGACUGAAGAUCCGUGAUGGCAAUUAUUUUUCUUCCAUUCUGUUUUUGAGUUCUUUAUACCAAAAUGACUAUGCUAGAUUGGUGUAAUUCAGAAACAGUUUGUAACCAUAUAUCAACAAUUUUUAUCUUGUUUUAAAAAUAUUAUUUGAAUUAAUGACCAUCUUUUAGCAAUUUAAAAUUGAUAUAUUUUUUAACGUUUCUUGUAUUUCUUUCUUUUAAUGUUAAUAAUGAAAAUUUCAUGAAAUUUUCAUUGCAAAUUGAUGCCAGUUCGGUUUGUUCAUAAAUAUAGACUAGCAUUUCUGAUGUUCUAAAAAUAGAAAUGGAAUUUUUAAAAAAGCUCUAUGUCACAUUUGCAGCAUACUCACGAUCAAUAUUUAGGCUUCUUAAAUAUACUACUAAAUGACUGAUAAUGGAUGACAUGUAUAUAUCCAGUGUUUAGUAUGCAGUGUGUGUAAUCAGAAUAUUUUAUCAUUUGGCAGUUGAGAGAUGUUUAUUGGUAUUCUAACACUUACUUUUAUAUUAUUUAUUUCCGAUUCAUGUUACCUCUGGAUACAUGCCAUGAAUCGGCAUGUGCUGAGUGUUGUUGUUAAUUUAUUUCAUGUAAAGUUUUGUAAUAUGCUUUCUGCCUUUUGAAUGAUUAAAAAAUCACUUGCAGAUAAUUUAUUAUUUGAUGCUGUUAUUAUUAAGAUAUCUGAUGUUCUUGUAGACCCUAUUACAUAUUAGAACACAUGAAUUCUUUUAUGGUCACUAAAAAUUGAAAAGCAAAAUGAUGAAAUUUAGAAUAAUGUGCACCAGUGGUUUUCAAACUGUUUCUUAGACUGCAGAACUUUUAUUUUAUAUGGAUCUCAAUAUUCAAAGUAUUUUACUCUAAGAAUAUGUAGUAGACUGCAAAAUAUUUAUUUAACCCGUUAAUGCCCAAAUUAUUUUUUAAUGAGAAUUUGAAAAAUAUUUUUAAAUUACAUUUCAUAUAUCAUAAAGUAAUUAUGAAGUUUUAUUCAAUUACCUUAAUUAGCAGUUCAGAUAAUAAGUGAUCUAUAAAUAGAUCGCUGGGCACUUCUGGUAAUUAAAAAAAAAAA